AUGUCGUUCAAGCCGCAGCGUCUCUACUACGACGGCCAGCCGCAGGCCAGCACCUCGAACAAGACGUUCCAGAGCGUCAACCCGGCGACAGAGGAAGUGCUCGCUGACGUCGGCGUGGCCUCGAGCGCUGAUGUCGACCAGGCCGUGAAGGCAGCGCAGAAGGCGUUUCCGGCGUGGUCGAGGACGCCGCAUGUUGCCCGCGCCCGCAUCCUGCUCAAGGCCGUCCAGCUGCUGCGCGAGAGGAACGACGAGAUCGCCCGGGUCGAGACGGCGGACACGGGCAAGCCCUUCUCGGAGACGAGCACGGUCGACGUGACGACGGGCGCGGAUGUGCUGGAGUACUUUGCCAGCAUGGUGGCCGGCGGCGGGCUCAACGGCGAGACGGUGCAGCUACGAGACGACGCCUGGGUCUACACGAAAAAGGCGCCCCUGGGCGUGUGUGCCGGCAUUGGAGCAUGGAACUAUCCCAUACAGAUAGCGCUGUGGAAGUCGGCCCCCUGCCUGGCUGCGGGCAACACGAUGGUCUACAAGCCCAGCGAGUUCACUCCGCUGCACGGCGAGAUCCUCGCAGACCUGUACACGCAGGCCGGCCUCCCAGCAGGCGUGUUCAACGUUGUCCACGGCGCAGGAGACGUCGGCGCCUAUCUCACCGCACACCCGGCGAUCGCAAAGGUCUCGUUCACCGGCCAGGUGGCCACCGGCAAGAAGGUCGCUGGCUCUGCGGCCGGAGGCAUGAAGUACGUCACCAUGGAGCUGGGCGGGAAGAGUCCCUUCAUCGUGCUGCCAGACGCCGAUCUAGACAGUGCCGUUGACGGGGCCAUCCUAGCAAACUUCUUUAGUACAGGCCAGGUCUGCACGAACGGGACUCGAGUGUUCGUUCCCUCGAGCCUGAAAGCGGACUUUGAAAGCCUGCUGCUCAAGAAGAUGCAGUACGUCCGGGCCGGCGACGUGAUGGACCCAGCUACCAAUUUCGGUCCCUUGGUGUCGGAUGUUCACUACAAAAAGGUGACGGACUACAUCAGACACGGCAUCGAGCAGGACAAGGCCAAGUUAUUGUACGGCGGGCUCGAGAAGCCCAAGGCCAGUUCACCUUCUGCAUCGUUUGACAAGGGGUACUGGAUCACACCCACCAUCUUCACCGACUGCCGGGACGAGAUGAAAAUCGUCCAGGAAGAGAUAUUCGGCCCCGUCAUGUCGAUUCUGUACUACGAGACGGUCGACGAGGUGGUCAGGCGAGCAAACGAGACACCUCUUGGUCUUGCCGCUGGCGUCUUUACACAGAACAUCAACCUUGCUCAUCGGGUAAUUGACCAGCUCGAGGCCGGCAUCACAUGGAUCAACUCGUGGGGGGAGUCCCCGGCUGAGAUGAGCGUGGGCGGAUGGAAGCAGAGCGGCGUUGGCGUUGAGAACGGUCGACGCGGGAUCGAGGCUUGGGUCAGGACAAAGAGCACCCUGGUUGAUAUGAGCGGUGUGGUAGCGACCAGCUUUACGAAGCUGUAG